GGAAAGUGCUAACUAUGUAUGUACCUAAAGUACCUACGGUCCUGAGCUCUGACGCGCAAACUCGCGAUGCCUAGCAAGUAACUGUAGCUCUCCACACCACAGCUUCGAGGUUCCGUAGCCUUGUUCAUCCAAUCCCACCUUAACCAACUUAUUUCUACAACCUCGACAUUUCCAAAGCUACCUCCCAUAAUUUGAUCACUUAAUAACAAUUCGUAACCAUGGCUGACCGUUACUCCUUUUCCUUGACCACUUUCUCCCCUAGUGGAAAGCUAGUUCAGAUCGAAUAUGCUCUGAACGCAGUCAACCAAGGUGUAACGGCACUCGGCAUCAAGGCGACAAAUGGCAUCGUCCUUGCAACAGAAAAGAAGUCAUCUUCUCCCCUCGCCGAUCCCUCCUCCUUGUCCAAAGUCAGCUUGAUCACUCCCAACAUCGGUAUGGUUUAUUCAGGAAUGGGCCCCGACUACAGAGUGCUGGUGGACAAAGCCCGAAAGGUAUCCCAUACCGGAUACAAGCGAAUCUACAACGAAUACCCGCCUACGAGGAUAUUGGUGCAAGAUGUUGCUCGUGUAAUGCAGGAAGCUACGCAGUCUGGUGGUGUCCGACCAUACGGUGUUAGUCUACUCAUUGCCGGAUGGGACGAGGGUAUUCUACCAGAUGAGGAAGCUGCCGUUGAGGGCGAAGUUGAGGGCGAGAAGAAGCCAUCCGGUAAGACUGGUGGUAUUCUGAAAGGUGGUCCUAUGCUUUACCAAGUCGAUCCGUCUGGAAGUUACUUCCCUUGGAAAGCCACCGCCAUCGGCAAGAGUGCAACAACCGCCAAGACGUUCUUGGAGAAGAGAUACACCGAAGGCCUCGAGUUAGAAGAUGCCGUACACAUCGCACUUCUUACCCUGAAGGAGACUAUUGAAGGCGAGAUGAACGGAGAGACAAUUGAGAUUGGUAUUGUUGGCCCGCCCGCCGACCACUUGCUCGGAGUUGAAGGAGUUCACGGCGCGACCGGCCCCCGAUUCAGAAAGUUGACUCCACAAGAGAUUGAGGAUUACCUGACGAAUCUAUGAGCCUGGUCGCUACUAGUUACAAAAUUAUGCCCGGAGUUCACGUGUAUCAUAGGACAGCAUAGAGGGUCUUAGGCAAUUAAGGCGGAAUCAUCAAAGGAUUUGAUUCUUGGUCAAUAUGAAUGACGUGCGCCCUCCUGCCCCUACGCUACAAGUUACACGGUCUACCCCUAAAUGCAAAUGUAUCUUUGUCCA